CCACAAUUCCAAAUCUAUCUUACACCGGAUGUGAUCACUUUUGACCCGGAUAGUAAAUGAUAGUAACGCCGUUGUUUCGUUCGGAGUGAUUCAUGUCUUGGAUAAAGUUUUCAGGAUGAACCCGCUGACCAAAGUGAAGUUGAUAAAUGAAUUGAACGAGAGGGAGGCGAGUCUCGGUGUGAAGGACUCUGUGUCAUGGCAUUCGGAAUAUAAAGACAGCGCGUGGGUAUUUAUAGGUGGCUUUCCCUAUGAGCUGUCAGAAGGUGACAUCAUCUGUGUAUUCUCCCAGUAUGGGGAGAUUGUCAAUAUCAACCUUGUGCGCGACAAGAAGACGGGGAAGUCGAAGGGAUUCUGUUUCCUGUGUUACGAGGACCAGAGGAGUACUAUUUUAUCAGUCGACAACCUCAACGGCAUCAAGAUCAAAGGACGGACCAUCCGUGUGGACCACGUUGCCAACUACCGUCCCCCCAAAGACCACGAAGACAUCGAUGACAUCACAAAGACUCUGCGGGAGCGGGGGUGCGCUCCAAAGCCGCCGUCAUCCUCAUCGGAGUCGGAGGAAGAGGACGGCUAUGUCGUACCCAUGAAGAAGUCAAAGAAAGACAAGAAAGAGAAGAAGAAAAAGAAGAAAGAAAAGAAGGAGAAGAAGAAGGAGAAAAAGGAGGAGGCAGCAGCGGCGGCGAGUCAUGCAGCGGAGGACAGAAGAGCAGACCAGCGCCAGCAGCAUCAGUCGUCUCCAUCCCCAUCCCCACCUCCUGCACCCGUGAAGAGGGAGAAGGUGGACGAGGCCUACGACAAAUACGCCAAGAGGGGCCCGUCAGACACUCGCCUCCCCCGAGGAGAGAGGCUGGAGGCGGGCAGCACACAGCGGGACAGGGAGAGGGAGAGGCAGGAGGACGGACCCUCCAGGGCCUGGCACCUUAGCGAUCGAGACAGAGAGCAGGAGAGAGACCGGGACCGGGACAGGGAACCACGGAUCAAGGAGGAGGACAGGAGGAAAGACUGGAGCAGGGAUGGUAGGGCCACAUCACCCAGAGACAAAAACAGACCAAGGAUGGAGAGGGAGGACAACAAAGCAACACACCAAGACUCCCAUCCACGUGACAGCUGGGACAGACCCAAAGAGAGGGACAGGGAGAGGGAUAGAGAUCAGGACAGAUCUAGAGAGAGGGACAGAGAGAAGGAAAGGGACAAGGAGAGAGACCGUGAUCGAGAGAGAGAUAGAGAAAGGGACAGAGAGCGAGAUAGGGACAGGGACAGAGAGAGGGAGAGAGAUAGGGAAAGGGACCGAGACAGAGGGAGAGAUAAAGAGAGAGAUCGGGACAGAGAUCGUAAGUACAGGUGAUUGAGCCAGAGUCCUUGUCACUUAGCUCAGUUGAAGCUGUGCAGAUGGAAUGUUACUGUUGUCACCUGCCUUGUCUUUCCCCAAAUGAACUUUUGCGAUACUUCUGAUGCGACUUUUAACCUUUUUUUAGAGAAAGUGCGCUCAACUCCCAACUGUUUCCUACAAGGUCUUUGGGUGCGAGCAAACAGCAAAGUUCAUGUUUAGUAAAAAAAAGCAGCACUCCAGGAUGAAAUUCUUGUAGUUUAAUCUUAACGGGUUAGCAUGGCAGACAGAUAGACGUUUCGGCCUACGCCUUCUUCAGCGUCUUUACACAGGCCGAAACGCCUGUGUGCCUGCCAUGCUAACCCGUUACGAUUAAACUACAAGAAUUUCAUCCAGGAGUGCGGCUUUUUUUUACUAAACAUGACCUUUAACCUGUCAUCGAUGGUGGGAGGUCGUAUGGUUGCCAUGGCUGCGGAACAAUUCACAUUCUCUUGUUUUGUUUGUCUCUAGAAAUGUGUCGGGACGACUGGACCUUUUAUUAGAUCGGUCUUGUUUUUAUUUUACUAUUGCUUACAGCACUGUGUAAUAUUCUCCCUGAGGAAAUAAAAACACUGUAGAAAAGAA